AUGAUGACACCGAGUGAAUAUCUUCCAAUGAAUUCCACCGGUCAAAAACUUUCAAUACUUCAACAGUAUGCGCUUGAAUCAACACAUGAACCGAUCGAUAUGAGCAAUCAAAAGGUACGCAUCACUUAUCGACCGAAUCUAUUCAUCCGAAAGACCGAUGCCUUUGGAUCGUGGAAUUUCAAUUAUUUGAUCGAUAUACUGGAAUUCGACUAUCAAUGCGACGAUCAUGGAACUAAUGGAUUUCCAGCUGUGUGGAAAACAACACCGGAGACCAAUGUUCAAGUCAAUAAGAUUAAACCUAAUGCUCAACCAACAGCAUCAUCGGCAGGAACCUCUAAUGUAGAUCUAAAAGCAUCCGAUCCACAACAAGAUGAUGUCACUUUGUUAGGACUUCUCAAGAGUAUCUGUCUUCAAAAUAAAUGUGAUGAAAGCGAUGCAGAGAUAUGGAUGGAUGGCUUGAAAGCCGAGAAUAUCUGUACGAUUCAACAUCUUCGCACUGUGGCCGCAGAUGACAGCUGUUGGGAUAAAUUGUCAUCUGUAAAAUAUUUUGUAAAACAAAUGAUCCGUGAUUAUCUUCAAUUAAAUUACUCAUCAACUGCAUUCAAUACGACGAAAGAUCCGUAUGCAGAUUCAAAGGCCACUUUGUAUGGUGAUAUACAUCGAGUACGACGGUAUUUUCACUUUGUUACAAAGACACUUGACUACAUACCUUAUCUCGAUCGACAAGCUGUCGAUUUAUCCAUAAAAGAAAUCCGAAGAACAUACGACGAUGAUGGCAAUGUUCUUAGCAACAUUCAUGGAUAUUUGAGAACAUUCUGUAUGAAAAAUACUGUUUUUAGUGCUCGUGAAAACGAACAACAACGUGUAAAUUGGGCUGCGGAACUUGAAGAUAAACAAAAAGCAGCUAGUGAAUUGCGCGAGAAACUACCAACGUUGGACAAAAAAUGUCAAGAACUUCAGAAAUAUAUUGAAUUGCUUCAGUUACGCCUAGUUAAUAUCAAUAUACAAAUAAAGGACUUGGCUUUGUCCUCGACCUUGGCUUCGACAAGGAAACUCACAAAUCUGCGCACAGAAAAGGCAGAAGUAGAAGAGGACAUGAAAAAGAAAGAAGAACAACUUAGUGAAGCUGAUCUUCUGUAUAUGAAAACAUCAGGAAAACUCAUAGAACAUGAGGCACGGAUUAAAGAUCUUGAAGGUUUUCUUAAAUUGGAUCUUGCGGAUGAACAGCGGAAGUUGAAAAUCAAAUUUGGCAGAGGACUGCUACUUUAUGGACCACCGGGUACAGGUAAAUCCGAACUUUUAAAACGAGCUGCAGUGUUUGCUGGUAUUACUACAACAACAACUCCAUUAGCUGCUGGUGAACUUAAUCGGCCUCAUGUUGGUGAAACAGAAAAGUUACUUGUUGAUAUCAUGUAUCGUUCAAAUCCUAUAUCCUAUCUGAUUUGUGCGAUGAUAAUCGAUGAGAUCGAUGGGCUUGUUCCUAAACGAGAUAAUAAUGCUCAACAAUCCAAAGUAGACGGUAUUAGUGUUCUUCUUUCACAUAUUGAAGGUGUGAAAAAUAUUCCAAAUUUGAUUGUACUUGGUGCUACGAAUCGUCGAAAUAUGAUGGAUGAAGCUUUUUUGCGUCGUAUGCAAGCGAAAUGUUUUGUUGGUCGACCAUCGCCGAAAAUUCGAGAAAAAAUGCUCCAACCAUUAAUAGUGAAAGAUCUGCAUACGUUCACGAGACGCCGCAUAGAUUUUCUUGUCAAGAUAACGACAAACUUUAGUGGUGCUGCUGUGGGUGCCCUAAAAUCGAGUAUUAUUGUUGCCUUGGAUCAAGGUCAAACACUAAAUCGGGAUGCUAAAAGCAGUUUACAGACUUCACAAGCCCAAACGAGCCCACCGAAUCUUCAAUCGACGCUCGCGACUAGCGUUCCUUCCGUUGAAUCGAGUGCAAUUAGUAAUUAUGAACUACUUAUACUAGCCGACGGUGCAGCACGUGAAUUUAGCUGUUGGUUCGGUAUCGGAACGCUGCCCGGUAUCUUUCGGCUUUAUCCGAAUAUGUGUUCGAGCUCUGAUCAAGAAAAAUACUCACUUGCAUUGCCUAAUCAUGUCCCAUCUGGUCGAAUUCUUGUCAAUUUAAACGAACAGAAAUGUAUUGUUGAACUAGCCGGAGACGAUUUGUCGCUUGAAUACGAAUUAGAAAAACAAGAAACAUGUACAUUAACACUUCUGUCCCGUUUUAUUAAUGGAUGCUCGAGUCGAAAUAUUGAUACAAUACAGAUAAUUGAUUUGAAUUUUCUCACAAAGAAUAAUGCAUUUGAAGAGAAUCAAAUCUUUGAAUUAUUGACGACAACAUUUCUCGAAUGCGAGGAAUAUAAUCGUUCGAUGCUCAUUUUCGACAUUGACUCUCUUAUUAUGCUUAAUAUAUCCGAUUCAAACAUGUCGCAAUCAACAUCGAUCUCCAACAUUCGUUUGUAUCAAUACAUUCGAGAGAAAUGCAAGACGGCGGUCGUCGAAACAAAACCAGCAGAGAAUACCUCGGCGAUCGUUGAUCAACCGAAAGAAAAAUGGAUGGUUAUCAUUAUAUUUUCAAAAAUGGUAGGUUAA